AUGAGUCUCGAAGACCCCCAAAUGAGUGCACAUGAAUCCGAAGACAUAUCUGAGGAUAAGACCUUACGGCCUCUAUCGGGGCAGACUGCCGUCAACACAUCUCCUAGUUCUAGUUCGUCGCUUCCACCGUACGGUCCUGCAAGAACGGACAGCACGACUACAACUAUUCGGCAAAGAGAUACUGGAGCCGACGAGGAUUACAGAAUAAUUCGUCUCGCGUGUCUCGAAAUAGAACAAAAUGGUAAGGGGAAGUCUGAGUGCGACCUUUUACUCGAUCUGCUAGAUAGCUUUCGCGAACACUGGAAAACGUCCCACCCAGCAAUGGAGCAUUUGAAGACUUCUCUUAUCACCACUAUUGCUGUAUGGGACGAACAAAGGGCCUACUACGCCUCUGACUUUAGCGGUAAAAAGAGCAUUUAUCGUGUCGUCGGCCGGUUUCGACGUCACAGACCUGGAAAAACACCUAUCGAUCUUUGUCUUGUUCUUUGGAAAGAGAUGUAUAUCAGCGAAAGAGAGAAGGCACACCUCCGCGAUACACAUCGAUACAGGAUCAAAGAGAUUUGUGGCCCCGACGAGAAAUUAGAUAUCGUGAGGAUCAAGUGGUGCGCAUCUUGGGAGCCAGCAAAGAACCUUCCAAGACAUCUUCAGGGACUGGACGAGUUUUCGGCACACGUAAAGGGCGCGAGAGCCAUUGGUGACGAUAUACCUAACUUCGAGAUCAAUGUUGGGAGUUAUGAUGCAGGACCCUACUGCUGCUGCGACUUACACCCGUUUGACGCAUAG